AUGGCGAGGCCAUACUUCAACAACCUCGAUGGCCUCACCACUCCGGGACUCGACAGCCCCAUCAGUCCUAGCGGAGAUGGCCUCCCAUCGAAGAGAACCAACGCCCUCAGCACCAAACUCACGAGUGUCCUAUCCUCUUCCUACGCUGACUACGAGAUCCGCGAUGCCCUUCGACUCCUCGACGAGCGAGGCGUGCAGAAUGACGAGGAAACGAGAAGGAAUUUGAAGGCAAAUGCACAAAAAGAAGUUAUGGACUGCAAUGCAAAGAUCGUGGAUGAUUUCGGUCAAGUUGCGGAACAACUCAAGCGAGUCGGCGCGAUGAUCGCGACCCUCAAUCAGACCUGCGCAUCGAUGCGUCAGCACAUCGUCGCUGCGAAACAGGAAUCCAGCUCUGUCCUCGAAGAAGCCGCGACGUCGAUUGGCCACAAACGAGAAAUUGAAAUGAAACAACAGCUCCUCGACGCCUUCACCACCCACUUCAUCAUCUCUACACCCGACUUAAACAUUCUCACAAGCUCCGCGGAGCCCCUGGACGAGCGGUUUUUCACAGUUCUCGCUCGAGUCAAGCAGAUACACCGCGACUGCGAGAUUCUACUAGGUUACGAGAACCAGCAGCUAGGGUUGGAACUAAUGGAGCAAACGACCCGGAAUCUCGAUGCAGGAUUUAAGAAACUCUACACAUGGAUUCAGCGAGAAUUUAAAGGCUUGGACCUUGAAGAUCCGCACAUGAGUGGUUCUAUUCGGCGGGCUUUGCGAGUCCUGAGUGAACGACCUGCUCUUUUUCAAAACUGUUUGGAUUUCUUCGCAGAAGCAAGGCAAUCUACAUUGUCUGACGCAUUCCACGUAGCACUUACAGGUUCCACAGGAGCAGCGAAAGCGAUUGAAUUCUCCACGCAUGAGCCGCUGCGGUACGUCGGCGACAUGCUGGCGUGGGUACAUUCUGCGGCGGUGUCAGAGAAAGAAGCACUCGAAGGCCUCUUUGUAUCAGACGCCGACGAGAUUUCUAGAGGCCUUUCAGUAGGUAGAACGAGCGAACCGUGGGCGCGCAUCAGCGAGCGACGAGUAAGCGUCUCAUCGGCAUCCGAUCCUGAGCAGGAACCUGUCUUCGACGGUGUCAAGGCUCUUUCGGACCUGGUAUCUCGCAGCCUCGCAACCGUCUGCCAGACACUUCAGUCCCGAAUCGACAUCUCCGUCCGCAACAGCGGUGACCCGGUGCUCAUGUUCAAGACAUUCAACCUCUUGGACUUCUACUGGGGUAUUUUCAGUAAACUGCUCGGCACGGAAUCCUCGCUCAGCAAAUUGAUCCAGAGUCUGCAGUCCUGGACGCUGUCACAAUUCGAAGCCACAAUGGAAGAAGAGACAGCAGCUGCGACCGCCGACACCACGCCGUCCACAGAUCUCAGCCCGCCCGUGUUCCUCGCGACGGCGUUGACACAGUUUGCAGAGAUAUCGCGUGCAAGAGGCCCGCAGAUGAGCGAGGCUGAGCUGGAGCGCCUCUUUACCGCGAUCCUCGGCGGAAUCGUGACCGCAUGCGCCGGGGCCGCGAUGCAGAUCCCGGAUGCGUGGCGGAGCAAUAUCUACCGGAUGAACUACAUGACGGCCCUUCGGGCCACGCUCGCUUCUCUAUCAUCCCAGGUGCCUGCCGCGCAGAUCCCUCUGGAUAAAGCAGUGCAGGAGAUGCAGGUGCUCCGGGAUCAACUGGUCGAAGACCUGAGCUCAACCUUGCUCGAGGACUCUGGUGUGCGGGAGUUGAUGCAAGAGCUCGACACGCGGCGGCGUCACAAAGCCCCGGCCUGUCGAGCGUGGUUGAUGGCCAACCUGGACGAGGCGGCACAGCGGCUGGACGAUUUCCUAUCCUCCGCGCUGAUGGAUGCGCAAGAGAAUUUGAAGAACCUUCUCGACCGGACGUUAGCCCAGGAUGUCAUCUCCGAGGCUGUGGAGAGAUUUUGCUCCGAGUUCGAUGAGUUGGAGAGCAUGUUGGAAAUGGUGGAGGCCAAAUCUGCAAUGUCAGAAGGAGAGGAUGAGAACCAGCAUGAGGAUGUCAAUAUUCAGCUUGGGUCGUUAAGGGAAUUGUAUCCCCGUACUGGUGCCGAAGUGAGGGCUUUACUGAGCUAG